CCCCACACACACACACACACACACAUUCUCUCACUCUGUCUCCAUCACGUCACACUCUCUGCAGAGACCACUGACCGACAACAUGCAACUGCCUCCCUGUGUGGUGGACUGUGGGACAGGGUACACAAAGAUCGGCUAUGCAGGAAACACGGAGCCUCAGUUCAUCAUGCCGUCCUGUAUCGCCAUCAGGGAGUGGGCGGGCGUCGGGGAUCAGGCUCAGAGGAGACUCGUGAAAGGAGUGGAAGAUCUGGACUUCUACAUCGGAGACGAAGCUGCAGAGAAACCAAACUACGCUACCAAGUGGCCUAUCCGUCACGGCAUGGUGGAGGACUGGGACCUGAUGGAGAAGUUUAUGGAGCAAAUCAUCUUCAAAUACCUGAGAGCUGAGCCUGAAGACCACAGCUUCCUCAUGACAGAGCCUCCUCUCAACACUCCUGAGAACAGAGAGUAUCUGGCAGAGAUCAUGUUCGAGACCUUCAACAUCCCCGGGCUCUACAUCGCAGUGCAGGCGGUUUUGGCGUUGGCGGCGUCCUGGACGUCUCGUCAGGUCGGAGAGAGAACGCUGACCGGGGUCGUGAUCGACAGCGGAGACGGAGUCACACACGCCAUCCCUGUGGCUGAGGGCUACGUGAUUGGCAGCUGUAUAAAACACAUCCCCAUCGCAGGGCGGGACAUCACCUUCUUUAUCCAGCAGCUGCUCAGAGACCGAGAGGCAGGAAUCCCCCCCGAGCAGUCGCUGGAGACCGCCAAGGCCAUCAAGGAGCGGUACUGUUACAUCUGUCCGGACAUCGUGAAGGAGUUCUCAAAGUUCGACUCUGACCCGGGGAGAUGGAUCAAACAGUACCACGGAGUCAACGCCGUCACCAAGACCGACUUCAACAUCGACGUCGGCUACGAGCGUUUCCUCGGCCCUGAAAUCUUCUUCCACCCAGAGUUCGCUAACCCAGACUUCAUACAGCCAAUCUCUGACAUUGUUGACGAGGUCAUUCAGAGCUGUCCAAUCGAUGUGAGGCGGCCGCUAUACAAGGUAAAACCUGAGCACACCUGAGCACUUUUUAAUCUGUGUGUGUGUUUAUAUGUGUCAGAACCAGAGGUGAGAAGUAGUGGUACUUA